GCAGGUGCGGGAUUAUCGGAAGUGCUUCUCUAAAGCUGAACAAAGUGUGCGUUCUGCUACUGGUUCUCCUUUUAUUAGUAGAUUAUGCCUCAAAUUGUCGCUUGAAAAUGUGGUGAAGGAUAUUCCGCUGAUUUCAGACCAUGCUUGGACAUAUGGUGAUCUAAUGUUGAAUCACGGAUAUUAAGAGCUGUGGAACCACAACUUUGCCUAGACCCCACCCCGAAGUUAGACAGGCUUUGGAACAACCCAGUUUCCUCUAAGUUAAGUUUGGGUCUAGGCAAUAUAUUCAGGAAAAGACUAAGGGAGACUCCAGAAGUUACUGUCACAUCUAAUAGUAGGAUCCAUGGGAAAAAAUGUUUGUAUAGAUAGAGUGACGGAAAACUCAAAGUCAGGAGAUGUAGGACCUCUUGUGCAGCAGCCUCUUCAUGACAAUCUGAAUGCACAGGAUAAUGUACCAACAGAUUUGUUGACAUUGAAACGUGACAGUUUUGUGUCCAAGGCCUCUGUUCCAGCGUCACCUUUGGUAUCUCACCUGUCAAAAUAUCAAAUGGGAGUUCAGAGUCCUAGAAUUAUGCAGGAUCAUAAGCCAGAUAUUGUUCUGAAUGCAUCAGUAUCUUCUCCUGCUGCACCAGAUAGGAUGCUGUCAUACACAAAUGCUAUGACUUCCCGUGCUUCUAUACAUGGCAAGAGAGAGACUCAGGAUGGACAAGAAUCUUCCCUGCCCAACUCAAAUAAGAGAAGAGUUAGGCAAUUGGUUGCUGAUGUUAAUUAUCAGCAAUAUGUAGGCACACAGGUAGAUGGCCUUCACGCUCCAGAUUAUCAUUGGAAGAAUGCUUUAUUACUGCCGCAGUCAGUUUCCAGGGCUAUUCCUUAUGCUAACACCAUGCAAAACUACUGUCAACAGACUUUCCAAGGCGGCUUGAACCAAGAAGCUAGGACAAUGCCAUUUGCGCCAGGACAGCAAGGAAUUAGAUAUAAUGUAAAGAAACAGCCAGCUGAAAUAGAGAGAAUGGACCAAUUAGAGCCUCGAUGGACUAAGAAUGAGAGGCAGGUGGGGGAAUCAGCUAUGAACCUUACGGAUUUCCACCAGGCGCGAUUACAUCAAAUACUUCCCCAGCAGUUAACGCAAUUUGGUUUCCCACAGACAACCUGGAAUGGUCUUGGUCAACCUCUUGAGACCAAUCCCUGGAAAGCAUACUCACUUCAAAAGAGGAAAAUAGUGCAAAGUCCUUGUGCUUCUGCUGGAGGUUUGCGUGGAUCUCCUUUAUCAUCUAUAUCUGGAGGUAUUUCUGGUGGUCCAGUAGGACCUCAGUAUGGUGCAGCUGUGGUAAAUGGACUUACGCAAUUGAUGAAGGAGAAGCCAGCAGCCACAUCUGUUCCUUCUGCUGGUGUCUUAACAUUUAUGACUUCCAUUGCUAAUGGUUCCAUGCAGCAGCAACACCUGCCUCAAGUUGCUGCAAAGCGGAGAUCCAAUUCUGUUCCUAAGGCCCCUGUAAUGACGGGAGCUGGUUCUCCUGCCAGUGCCAGUAACAUGGGUUUUCCAUUCUAUGCAAGUAGUGCUUUUGUGGGAACUCCACCUCUGGCUGACCAAAUCAUGCUUGAAAGGUUCUCCAAGAUUAAAAUGGUGACAACGAGGUUUCAACUUAAUCGCAAAAAGAAUAAGGUUGACGAGUACUCCAGAAGGAAACAAAAUGUAUAUCCUGCUCAACAGCUGCUGCUUCAUCUUUCCAAUAAUUCAAACAAUGAAAAUUUCAAAGAUGAAAUCUGCAGAAUGGCACUGUCAAAGUCACUUGUUGGGGGAAGCAUGAAUAUUUGCAAAAAAAGAGCCUUGACAAUUCUGCAAACAGAGGAAGUACUUCAAGGUCUGUCUGCACUGCACUCCCCAUCUAGAUCAAGAUAUAGCCUAACUGAUCUUUUUGGCUAACUUGACGUUAUUCCCUAGAAAUGGUUUCUCUUUUGUUCCUAAGGAACGAACUAGAAUGAUCAUGUCAGAAAAGCCAAAUGAUGGAACUGUUGCAAUGCAUAUCGGAGAAAUGGAAGAUGCUGAAUACUUGACUGCUGAGGAUUACCUCCCAACACUGCCAAAUGCUGUGAGUUCUGAACACACACUGUUUAUUAUGGCUCAUGCAAUGCAUGUGCAUGCCUCUUCUUGCAGUGUCCACUACUGUGGAUUUAAUCAAGCUUGACAAGCUUCUAUUCUGAAGCCAACCAUUUAGAGCUGAAUCCUCGAUCAAAAAACCUCUUGUGGAACUCCCAAUACAGAAGGGAAAAAAAGGAAAAUGACAUGA